AUGUGGUCGGCCAGUGCGCAUUCAACAAGAGUUUUGCGUUCUGCUGCUCGUGAGAACCUCAAGACGCCGCAAGAGACAGUCUCACAAGAUCUGAUUAACACGGUCAAAGCGGGUCAAGCAUCCCAGAAAGCUAUCAGCGUACAGGAAGAUGCACCUUUGCCACUACCAAUGAAGCGCAAAGCCCAUGAAAUCACAGAAGAAGAUGUGUCGUACCAAACUGAGAAGGAGAUGAAAGUGAAGAAACCAAAAGCCAAAAAUGAAGAAAAGCGACUCCGCAGGUUCAGACCUAAGCCACCUCAGUCUUUCCAUGAGAUCUACGACCGGGCUCUCUCUCAGCGCUUUUACGUGCUUAAUCGCGUCAGAGGAGGACCUCAGGAUUGCCCUGAGGAAGAUGUUGAGAUGACAGGAUCUACGGGAAACAUCUACACUGUUCAUGUUGGAAAACAGCCGCGAUGCACAUGCCCUCACAAUGAGAAGGGCCAUCAGUGCAAGCAUAUUAUCUACGUCAUGAAGCAAGUCCUCAACGCGCCUUUUGAUCUCGUCUACCAACUCGCGCUUCUGAGCACCGAACUUCAAACAAUCUUUGCUUCAGCACCUCCCAUCUCCGCACCCGGACAAGGAGAGUCUGACAAGCGUAAGCCCAUCGAUGGCGAUUGUCCCAUCUGCUACUGUGAGCUUGACGAGAAGAACCAAGAGUCUAUCGUUUGGUGCGCUGCCGCCUGUGGUCAGAACAUUCACGAGGGGUGUUUCAGAAUGUGGGCGCAGACGAAGCCUGGCGCUGGAAACGUGACUUGUCCCAUGUGCCGCAGUGUCUGGAAGGGUGAUGAGAAUCUGGUGGCGAGGGUUCAGAGGGAUAAAGGCAAUGUUGAAGAGGGGUAUGUCAAUGUUGCGGAUCAACUUGGCAUCAGUCGGGAGAGAGAUGAGUCGAGCUAUUCGCGAUGGUAUGGAAUCCAUCAGAGACGUCGAGACCCAAACUGGCGUGUCAUUGCAGUUGAUGGCAGUCGGACGAUAGAGGUUUCCUCUGGUGAUGGAAACUCUCAACGCGGACUGAACUACCCCAAAAUCACGAUGUCGAAACUACCAUCUACCACUCGAACUCUUGUUGCACCAAAGAAGUGUCUCCCAGCAGAGUACAUAGUCAUAGAGCAGCCGAUACCGAAAAUCACCAAGCCAAAUCAACUUCUUCUUCGUAUGAAAGCUGUUGCUAUCAACACGGGUGAAACACAAUUUGUGUCUGGACAAUUUGACUUACUCUUCAAGGCUUCUGAUUUCCCCCUCCCAUUUGGAAUGGAAGGCUCUGGCGUUGUUGUGGAGAUUGGUUCUGCUGUCACAGAGUUCAAAGUCGGAGACGAAGUUUACGGCAUGGAGUUCGAGAAACCACAUCUCACUAGACCUUUCCCAGCUUGGACCUCAACAUAUGCCGUCACAGAACCACAGUUCCUUCAUAAGAAACCGGAUCAUCUUUCCUUUGAAGAAGCUGCUGCCACCCCAGCUCUCGCGGUCACUGCAUACCAGAGUAUCAAGCGUGGAUUACAGCUUCAAGGAAGGGAUAGUCUAGCAGGACAGACUGUUUACAUACCCGCUGCUCUCAGCGCAUCUGGAAAUACGGCUAUCCAAAUUGCACGGAACUACUUUGGUGCUGAGAAAAUUAUUUCAACUGUCUCAACGCCGAAGAUGGGAUUGGUUGAAGAAUAUCUCCCUGGAAUGGUUACACAACUCUACGACUACAAAACCCAAGAUAUCGUCAAACUCAUCGGCCGCGGCACCGUCGACUUCGCAAUAAGCACCCAAUUCUCCACCCUAAAUGAAAGCAUAUCCGUUCUCAAAUCCGACGGCAUCCUCAUGAGCAUCGCCAGUCUUCCGAAAAGUGAAGUCAUGGCAGAAAUGCUCGGUCCGAAAUUCCCCGCAUGGCUUGGUUGGAUUCUUGAUUUCUUACAGUACUGGUACACCUGGAAGCUUCGCGGUACAGAGAUUCAGUAUGAGUUUAUAUCGGGACAUCCAGGGCAUCGGGGGGAUAUGGAGGUUGUGGCGGACAUGGUUGCCAAGGGGAUGGUCAAGACUGUUAAUACGGCGGUGGAUCUGGAUGAUUUGGAGGAGGUUAGGAGGGGGUGUGAGAGGACUUUGAAGAGUAAGGGGGGAAUUGGAAAGUUUGUGGUUCGCCCUUAG